GAGCGUGAAAGUGUAUAAAUGCGUUGCAGGCAGACGGUCAGCCAGGCAGCCAUGCGAGGCCAGCGCGUGGUGGAGAGCUUGUGGCGGUGUUGGAAUCCCACGAUCUGGCUAUCGGCGAUCUUGCUCGGGUCCUGCAUCCUGGUGGCCGUCAGUGUGUUGUCACGAUUUGGAGAUGUGAAAGUAAACCGACGGGCUGUGCCGACCGAUAACUUGCAAUCCCCAUGGAGGAGGCAUUACCAUGUGGAACUGUUAAACGGGCGCAACAGAUGCGAGGGCCGUGUGGAGGUGCGCUACAAUGAUACCUGGGGCACGGUCUGCGAUGACGACUGGGACAUGGUGGAUGCCCAAGUUGUGUGUCGCCAGCUGGACUGCGGAGUGGCUGUCGCCAUGGGGAGCAGCUCUCAGUACGGGCAAGGCUCGGGACUCAUUGUGCUGGAUAACGUGGACUGCAAAGGGAGUGAAACAAACCUUGGUCAAUGUGACAGUCUCACCUGGGGUGUCCACAACUGUUACCACUAUGAGGAUGUGGCCAUCAUAUGUCGAGAACCACUGGUUGUAGGAGCAAAAGCUUCAGGGGACGUUACCACAAUGUCCUCCAAGGACACCUUCUCAGAUGGCACAAUCCGUCUGGUGGAUGGACUAGACUCAUGCCAGGGCCGGGUGGAGAUCUACUAUCAGGGACGGUGGGGGACAGUGUGCGAUGAUGACUGGGACUUGAGAGAGGCUGAGGUUGUGUGCCGGCAGCUCGGCUGCGGCCACGUCAUUUCAGCUCACACCAACUCUUACUAUGGUUACGGCACCGGCCAUAUUCUUCUGGACAAUAUCAACUGUCAGGGCAACGAGCUGCAGUUGACAAAAUGUGCCAGCCUGGGAUGGGGAAACCACAACUGUGGCCAUCAUGAAGACGCUGGGAUCACCUGCUCUGGUACAGGAACCAACCCUGUGCCCACAGUUCACCCUUCCACCGGCAGCCAGGACUCUAAGGUCUGGUCAACACUGGAAACUAAAGUGACGAGUGAUGAUGUCACAGCAACAGAGAGCAUGAGCACAAGUGCCAUGAAAAAAGGCCUCACGGCUGUCCGGGUGGUGAACGGAAACAGCAGCUGCCGGGGUCGCGUAGAAGUACAAUACGACGACGUUUGGGGGACUGUGUGUGACGAUGGCUGGGAUAUGCCCAAUGCCGUCGUGGUGUGCAGGCAGCUGGGUUGCGGCAACGCUCUUGAGGCCAAGUCUCAGGCCUUCUACGGCUACGGCACCGGCCCCAUCCUGCUCGACAAUGUAGAAUGUGACGGCGACGAGGCCGACAUCUCCGAGUGCACCCAUUCGGGCGUGGGUCUGCACAACUGCGGCCAUCACGAGGAUGCUGGAGUUAUCUGUGCACCCUUGCUACCCAUCAGUGGAUUAGGAUUUGCCCGUGACUUUAGCCAAACUGAAGUGGUACACCCCGGGGCACCCAUCAGGACGUCCACCAUCUCCACACCACUUGCUGAAGGAAGUCUGAGACUGGUUGGCGGUAAGCAUGUCUGCGAGGGUCGCGUGGAGAUGUACCUCAAUUCCGAAUGGGGCACCGUGUGUGACGAUGCCUGGGACAUCGCCGACGCCAGGGUCGUGUGCCGGCAGCUCGGCUGCGGGGAGGCCGCAACGGCGUGGGAGGAAGCGCAUUUUGGGCCCGGCAAGGGAACAAUUCUGCUGGACAAUCUCAAGUGCACCGGUAGAGAAGCCUCCCUGCUGCACUGCUCUCAUAUAGCCUGGAAUGUGCACAACUGCGACCAUUCAGAAGAUGUCGGUGUCACCUGUUCACCGCUAUGAUUGUCAAAGAAUACUCAUACCAAACUUACAUUUGUGUACAAUCUGUAAAUAACGUUCUGCUAAGGCAAUGCUUCUCAA